AUGUUAGCGGCUCGAGAUCAAGAAAAUUUAGCUUUUAGCCAUCAGAAUGGUGCUGCUCUGAAGCAGCAGCAAGGUCAAGCGAAGCGCCAACUCCAGCCCAAGACACCCGGUACAAGAUAUGCGAACACACCUAUUAAAGUCCCUCUGAACGACGAAAAUGGUGCCGGUGGUGCCAAGAGCAUCCUCGGUGGCAGAUCAAGAGGCAAUGAGAAUACCCUCACAACUAAAGGAGGUAAAAGUGUGAAUAAGUCUAAUCUUGCCACGCCCUCAGGUCCGCGUAGUAGAGCACCUCUGGGUGACAAGACCACCAACGCAAAAGCGAAGGGUUCGCAGGCAAUUACUGUUAAGAGCGCCGUUCGCGAACUAGAGAAGUCUCAAGGCAAGGCGCCGGGAACUAUUCGACCCAAGCAGAAGCAGCCGCAAGCUGAAUUACAGAAGUUAGUAGUUCACGCUGAAGGAGCGGAUUUGCUAAGCGAGGAGGAGAUUGAAUAUUGUCCUCCUAAACCGAAGGACUCCCUUACGAAGAACUUAUUCAAGGGCUACUAUGACCACUAUUUUAACCCUCUCGAUGAGAAUGGCGUCUCGUUGGCUGACAGAGAGUUGGAAGAGAGAAACCGAAAGGCCAUGGAGGAAUGCGACAGGCGCAUCCAAGAAGAUAUCGACAGCAUUGAGUGGGGUAUUCAAGAGGAACCGGAGACCACUAAGAAGGCAACCUUCGUUCCAACUCGAGCACCUCUCGGGGUUAAGAGAACGGCGAUGAAUAGGGUACCAUCCACUAUUCAAGCAAAGAAGGCUGCCAGAGCUCUAUCGAUAGAUGACACGACUAAGUCAUUACAACGAAAGGCAGUAAGGCCCAUGGAAGUCAGUAGAAUCCCAGCCAAGAAGACCACAUCCCUUCCUAUACCUAGCUUCAGACGACAACCCGGCACUCAGACCCAAGCACUCCCUAGGAAAACAUCGACGGAGAUCGAGGCAAAUUCACGAACUACAAUUGGCUAUAACAAGGGCCGAACUACUGCUGCGAUACUUGCUCAGGGGACCACGAAGCCCGAAAGACCUGCAUCAAAGACUGGAUUUGCCCGUACUAAUACGACGUUGUCAAAUGAGUCUGACCGAACUAUUACUCCUGCUCGAUACGCUCACACACAAGCUAUAGUCGCGGCUGAAGAUCAGGAGUGGAAGGAGAGGGUUCCAUUCCUCUCCAUCUUCAACCCCGAGGAGGAUGACGAUGACGAUGACUUCGAUCUCCUCACAGGAAGUACGCUUAAAGGUCCAUGCGUAGACGAGGAUGAAGAUUUCGAGUUUAAACUUGCGGAUUAG